GGCGGGGGCCGGCGGGGCCCGGCGGCGCCGGGGCCGGGGCAGCCGGAGGGGAGCGGGCGCCCCCGGCCGCCUCCCCGGGGAUGCUCCGGGCCCCGGGAGAGCCCGUGCUGGGCAGAUUUCCUUAUCCGGGGAUCGCAGGCCACAUCGCCAUUGGCCCGUGCUGUCACAUGGACUCCAACUUUGUUCACUUGACAGUAAGUAGGAGGGUUUCACGAAACAGGAAAACGAGUAAAGGGGGGGACAGGAAUAAAUUUUAGGAUAUAUAUAUAUAUAUUUUGCGUGUGUGCAAUUCUAAGAAAUUAAUGGCCAUGAGCUCGUUUUUGAUCAACUCCAACUAUGUGGACCCCAAGUUCCCACCCUGUGAAGAGUAUUCCCACAACGAUUACCUUCCCAAUCACUCGCCGGAAUAUUACAGCAGCCAGAGGCGAGAGAGCACUUUCCAACAUGAAGCGAUGUACCAGCCGCGGUCAGCCUGCAACGAGCAGCUCUACUCGUCCUGUCAGAGCUCCGGCCACCAAGCAGCGGUGUUAUCCCCCCGGGGUCAUGUCCAUCCUCCUGCCGGACUGCAGAGCCACCCCUCUGAGCCAAACCAUCCCUGCGAGCCGGUCACCCCCAGCCCACCACCCUCCUGCAGCCAAAACUCUCUGAACCAAAGCCCUUCCAAUUCCUCUUGCAAAGAGCCGGUAGUUUACCCCUGGAUGAAAAAAGUCCAUGUAAGCACGGUAAACCCCAAUUAUUCAGGAGGGGAACCGAAACGCUCCCGCACAGCCUACACCAGGCAGCAAGUCCUGGAGCUGGAGAAGGAAUUUCACUAUAACCGCUAUCUCACCCGGAGACGCAGGGUCGAGAUCGCCCACUCCCUCUGCCUCUCCGAGCGCCAGAUCAAAAUCUGGUUCCAGAACAGGAGGAUGAAAUGGAAAAAAGAUCACAAGUUACCAAAUACCAAGAUCAGGUCUAACCCUUCCACCUCCUCCGCAAGCCUGCAGAUCCCACAAGGAGGUUCUCAAGGCCGAUCCAGUGGACCAGCCACCAGCCUAUAACUAUUCGUUGUAUGGAUGGAGUGUGUGCUUGUGGGUGUGAGUUUGUGUGUGUGUGUAGGGAACACAUGAUAUUCUUUUUUAAUGCUACAAGAAGAGAGGGAAGGAAGGGUGCUCUUUAUUUAUAGGGGGAACAGAGGGAGACUCAGCUACAACAAAGCAGAGCCGUGCUGUUGGGCACCUCUUCCAUUAGAAGGAGGCUGCAGAUAGUAGUUUUCAGAUUUGGCUAAGAUGGAUCCUUGUUUCAUCUUUAAUCACGCCAAGCUCUGCCCCAUUUGUCAUGUUUACUCUCCCGUACAAAGGAUGGACCUUAUGUCUGCUAUUACCUCGACAACCAGCGCUCACUUUAAUAAAUGAGGCUCAGUUUCUUCAAGACGAACUGGACCUCCCCCCCCCUCCCGCCCCGUCUUUUUUCCUCCUUUUUCUCUUUUUUCUUUUUUCGCCUACCAGCCACAGUAAUCGAAAGUUUCUAUCCAGACAUCCCGAAGUGGCGGCAGUUUUAGCACAGCUCCGCGGUUGAGAGAAGCAGCAAAGCCCCAGCCGCAGCAGCACCGGCCGGCUGCUCCGCGCCUUCCACUGACCGCGGGCAGCUCCCAGCCAUGGUGCAGCGCGGGGGCAGGGGGCUGAAAAAACGUAAAAUUAGGUCAAGUGGGUGGUAGACA